AUUCUGAAUAAUCCAGAUUUCAAUUCCUUGAAUGAAUGUGCGUGGGUGAAAAAAAAAAAAAAAAACAUGGUAUUGACAUGUUAUACCAGUACGGUAUUAAAAUUUAAAAUUUUAUGGGCAGAAAGCCAGCCCUAACCGGUUUCUAUAUAUUUCUCAGCUCAACUCGGACUCAAAAACUCACCAUUCCGCAAUUCUGCCGAGACCUGUCGGCACUGCAACCCCCCAACUCGCUAUUGACUUCACUCAAACACACUAAACUCUCUCUGUAUCUGAAGUAGGUUUACCCUGUAUUGAUUCAUGAUCCUCCUGAGCGCGGCAAAUCGUGAUUGAAAUCCUCAUUUCAGCAACUUUCAUGUCCCAGUUCGAUCAUCGUGUACAUGUAAAUUUCUAGAGAAUGCAAGCGACGAUCGCUUCAAGGUGCUUCAGAGUUCGCGAGCUCUUCCUGCGUAAGGGAGAGAUGGCGAUAAUGAAUUCUCAUUGCACUUCCUGUCACAAAACUCUCGUCCCUUUUCGCCCUUUUGAUUCAAAAUCGUUCACGACCGGACGAUGUCUCAGUAUUGAUGUCUCAGGCCGAUACACUCAUACGAAUCGUAUUUUUACCAGAGAGUUUUCUAGUCGGCGCUAUUCGUGGGAUGUUUCCAGAACCGCCCCGCAUUUCUUCAAACACCUUAACGGCUUUCUCUCAGAUUCCACCCGUGGACCUCCACAACAACCUGGUUCGAUACCAAAUGGGUAUGCAUUGUUCUCAGCAUCUACUAGGGAUGAGGUAAAGCAGCCUGGAAAGACAGAACAAACGACUACGGUUGCUAAAGGAAGAGAUUCAGAAGAUCGCGUUGCAGACACAAAAAUUCUCCGUACUCUUGCAACAUACUUGUGGUCAAAAGAUAACCUCGAGUUCCGGUUGCGGGUGGUUAUUGCCUUGGGUUUUCUUAUUGGAGCUAAGGUUCUCAAUGUUCAGGUACCUUUUCUAUUCAAGCUUGCUGUGGACUGGUUGACAACAGCAACUGGGAAUGCUAGUGCUCUUGCUGCAUUUACCACUGCUAAUUCAACUGUUUUGGCCCUUUUUGUGAGCCCAGCAGCCGUUUUAAUUGGAUAUGGAAUAGCACGAACUGGGGCAUCUGCUUUCAAUGAGUUGCGAACUGCUGUAUUUUCUAAGGUGGCAUUGCGAACAAUCCGAUCAGUAUCUAGAAAGGUCUUUUCACAUUUGCAUGAGCUUGAUCUUCAGUAUCAUCUUAGUCGAGAAACAGGUGCUUUAAAUCGAAUUAUAGAUCGUGGUAGCCGUGCAAUAAAUUUUAUUCUUUCAUCCAUGGUAUUCAAUGUUGUACCCACCUUCUUAGAGAUAGCCAUGGUAUCAAGUAUACUGGCAUACAAAUUUGGAGCACCAUUUGCAUGGAUCACUUCUCUUUCAGUUGUUGCGUAUAUUAUUUUCACAUUGAGCAUAACCCAGUGGAGGACUAAGUUCAGGAAGGCCAUGAACAAAGCUGAUAAUGAUGCAAGUACAAGGGCGAUUGAUUCACUCAUCAAUUAUGAGACUGUCAAAUAUUUCAACAAUGAGCGUUUCGAAGCUGAGAAAUACGAUGAGUUCUUAAAGAGGUAUGAAGAUGCUGCUUUAAAAACGCAACGUAGCCUGGCCUUUUUAAACUUUGGCCAAAAUGUGAUAUUUAGCACAGCUCUUUCAGCUGCUAUGGUUUUGUGUUCACACGGAAUUAUGAAUGGCGAGAUGACAGUUGGUGAUUUGGUUAUGGUAAAUGGGCUCCUGUUCCAGCUAUCUCUUCCACUCAACUUUCUUGGCAGUGUAUAUCGUGAGACUGUACAGAGUCUUGUUGACAUGAAGGCCAUGUUUCAGUUACUCGAGGAGAGGCCUGAAAUCAGAGAUGAUGCAGAUGCAAAGCCUCUGCAAUUAACCGGGGGUAGCAUUCAAUUUGACAAUGUUCACUUCAGUUACCUGCCAGAAAGAAAGAUCCUUGAUGGGAUAUCUUUUGCGGUGCCACCUGGAAAAAGUGUGGCUAUAGUUGGAACCAGUGGCAGUGGUAAGUCAACCAUUCUUCGAUUGCUCUUCAGGUUUUUUGACGCCCAUUCGGGAAAUAUAAGUAUAGAUGGGCAAGACAUACGGAAGGUAACAUUGGAGAGUCUACGGAAGUCCAUUGGUGUCGUUCCGCAAGAUACUGUACUUUUCAAUGAUACAAUAUAUCAUAACAUUCAUUAUGGUCGUCUUUCGGCAACAGAAAAAGAGGUGUAUGAUGCCGCUCGACAGGCAGCAAUUCAUGACACUAUCAUGAAUUUCCCUGAGAAAUAUUCUACUGUGGUAGGGGAACGUGGGCUCAAGUUGAGUGGUGGGGAGAAGCAACGUGUGGCGCUAGCUCGCGCUUUCCUUAAGGCACCUCCCAUUCUGCUUUGUGAUGAAGCUACAAGCGCACUUGAUAGCACAACGGAAGCAGAGAUUUUAAGUGCUUUGAUGUCUCUUUCAAACAAUCGAACUUCAAUCUUUGUCGCUCAUAGGCUUACGACUGCAAUGCAGUGUGAUGAGAUAAUAGUUCUUGAGAAUGGGAAGGUGGUAGAACAGGGGCCGCAUGAAGUUCUCUUGUUGAAUGCAGCAAGGUACGCACAGCUAUGGAAUCGGCAAAAUAACACUAUUGAGGGAGUUGAUGCCUCUGUCAAACUAAAUAACACUGUUGAGGGAGUUGAUGCCUCUGUCAAACUGGUGGCGUGAAUAUAAAUUUCCACCUUAAUUUUCAUAUUGGCACUUGUAUUUAUCUUGUACUAUUGGUAACAUUUAUAGCUUUUGUUCGGCUAAUGUUGAUAGCUGGGAAUCCAAUCACCAUGUGUACCAAGAUUUAAGAAACAUCUACCUCAUACCACCUGGACUUAGAGGCCCAAAGUUUGGUUUUGUCAGCAUGCGAAUGUUAAAUCGGUCAUUGUGUGAUGUUAACUCAACUACACCGCUUGAGUGUCUUGAUAUUCAGUUAAAUUAUGUUAGAGAAAGGCUAUAGAAGUGACAAUGUUCGUUCAUUCAGCCUCUGGAAUGAUAAAUUGUGUUCCAGAGUUCUCUUUGAUAAGCUCGUUAAUUCCAUGUCAAAGAGACUGCAAAUUUAAAAUGGAUCUGCAAAGAGACGGCAAAUUUUGAGCCUUUUCCAUUUAUACCCGAUUUUGAGGCCAGGAGGAGGAGGAGGAUGAUUGCGGGCUUAAGUUUAAGCUGUGGACAUUUGUCUUUGAAGAUGUGGUUCACACAAAACCCGUGUCAUCCAAUGGCUGACUAUGGACAGUCACCACUACUGUCCGUAACACUUCUCUGAGUUCGAAGGUUUUCUUGUUUUUAAUUUUAGUUGACAGCCAUUGUUAUUCUAUUUGAUGAAUCAAUUUGAUAUAAAGAGUUAAAAGUACAAAGAUUUGGAAUGAAUUGCACCACUCAAAAUGAAUGAAUUCAAGAGCUUGUUUUA